UUUCGUCUACAUGCCGGGUUAAGCUUCAGAGCAGGAUGUAGCGGUACGUCUUUGGACCGUUUUUUAAUGAACUUUUUGCGUCGCUGUGGCUGUCCGAGUUCCGUCUACCUUCUCACGUCGACUCUGUGAGUGGAUUUAGGGUGAUGGGCGUUUGGGGGACCGCCAUAAAAGAAGACUAACGUCCUAAAAAUGUCCAACAUCCUUAAUGCGGCGUCCAAAGUGAAAUGGGACCGCACGGCUGUAGCCAAGCGAGCUGUGUUUAUCGCGGCUGCUGCCUACGGCGUCAAAACCCUCUACCCGGUUAUCUGCAGGCAGCUGUUGAAAAAAAAAGCCGACAGACGGGCUGAAAACGGAUCUACGUGUUUGUUCAAAUCCCGCGAUGACGCAGUGAAUCCAUCAAAGGCGUCCCCUGGGGUCAACGCCGAAUUCUUCAAGCAGAUCCUGGAACUUGCAAAAAUCCUUUUCCCCAAGCUGCUGUCCAAGGAGCUCGCUUUGCUCUCCUUGCACUCUGUGGCCCUGGUCUCCAGGACCUUCCUGUCCAUAUAUGUGGCCAGCUUGGACGGCAAGAUAGUGAAGACCAUUGUGGAGAAGCAACCGAGGAGCUUCAUCAUCCAGCUCAUCAAAUGGCUCCUCAUCGCCAUCCCUGCCACUUUUGUCAACAGCGCCAUCCGCUUCUUGGAAUGCAAGCUGGCCCUGGCCUUCCGCACCCGCCUGGUGAACUAUGCUUACCAGACCUACUUCACAGACCAGACCUACUACAGAGUCAGCAACAUGGACGGGAGGCUGGCCAACCCGGACCAGUCCCUCACAGAGGACGUGCUGAUGUUCUCUCAGUCGGUGGCCCAUCUGUACUCCAACCUCACCAAGCCUAUCUUGGACGUAGUGCUCACCUCCUACACGCUGAUCCGGACAGCUCGGUCCAGGGACGCCAACGCCAGCGGGCCCACGCUGCUGGCCGGCUUGGUGGUCUUCGUCACCGCCAAGGUCCUCCGGGCAUGCUCUCCUAAAUUCGGGAAGCUGGUGGCCGAGGAGGCACACAGGAAGGGAUACCUGCGCUACAUGCACUCCAGAAUCAUCGCCAACGCGGAGGAAAUCGCCUUCUACAGGGGACACAAGGUGGAGAUGCGCCAGCUCCAGAAGUGCUACGGCGCGCUGGCCGAGCAGAUGAACCUGAUCCUCUCCAAGCGCCUGUGGUACAUCAUGAUCGAGCAGUUCCUCAUGAAGUACGUGUGGAGCAGCUGCGGCCUCGUCAUGGUGGCCGUGCCCAUCAUCACCGCCACCGGCUUCGCCGACAGCGAAACAGCCGAUGGGCACCCACAUCGGAGAGUGAGCGAGAGGACGGAGGCGUUCACCACCGCCCGCAACCUUUUGGCCUCUGGAGCCGACGCCAUUGAGAGGAUCAUGUCCUCCUACAAAGAGGUCACAGAACUGGCAGGCUACACGGCGCGUGUCCACAACAUGUUUGCGGUGUUCGAGGAUGUCCAAAGGGGCAUUUACAAGCGCUCGUCGCUCACCGCCGCCAUCGGAGGCGAGAAGAAAAGCAAGCCGGACAUGCACAUUGAUGGCCCGCUGGAAAUUAAGGGUACGGCUUGCAUCGCAAAUCUCUCUGGGGGGGGGGGGGGGGGGGGGGGGGGGGAUAUUUCACCCCCGAUAUUCUUGACCUUUUUUCUCAUGUCAGGUGAAGUGAUUGACGUGGACAACGGUAUUGUGUGUGAAAACGUCCCGAUUAUAACACCCAACGGGGACGUCGUCGUCUCCAGCCUCAAUGUUAAGGUGGAAGAGGGCAUGCAUCUAUUGAUCACGGGCCCCAACGGCUGCGGCAAAAGCUCCCUCUUCCGUAUCCUCAGCGGUUUGUGGCCCGUAUAUGGCGGGCGCCUCCACAAACCCUCCCCUCAGCAUAUGUUCUACAUCCCACAGAGGCCUUACAUGUCGAUGGGCUCCCUGCGGGACCAGGUGAUCUAUCCCGAUUCGGCCGAGGGCAUGGCUGCCACAGGCCUCGGCGAUAAGGACCUGGAGGCCAUCUUGGACAUCGUCAACCUCAACCACAUCGUCACUCGGGAAGGAGGCUGGGAUGCCGAGCUGGAUUGGAAGGACGUGCUGUCCGGAGGCGAGAAGCAAAGGAUGGGCAUGGCUCGCAUGUUUUACCACAAGCCGAAAUACGCCCUGCUGGAUGAGUGCACCAGCGCCGUGAGCAUCGACGUGGAGGGUAAAAUUUUCCAGGCUGCUAAAGACGCCGGCAUCUCCCUGCUGUCCAUCACGCACAGACCCUCGCUGUGGAAGUACCACACGCACUUGCUGCAGUUCGACGGCGAGGGUGGAUGGCGCUUCGAGCAGCUGGACACGGCCACUCGCCUCUCGCUCACCGAGGAGAAGCAGCGGCUGGAGAGCCAGCUGGCCGGCAUCCCCGAGAUGCAACAGCGCCUCAACGAGCUCUGCAAGAUCCUGGGCGACGACUCGGUGCUCAGAACCGUCCAUGAGUGACAGGAACGGGACGGGAGUUUGGUUUUAACCAUCGCCUCCGUUUUAAAUUUUUUUUUUUAUAUGAACAAAAGUCGUUUUUGAUCAAAAAGCCAGGCGGGGGUUGUUCAAUGGAGACACUUUAAUAAUACUAACGCCAAUUAAACAUGACCACCCCCAAAUGAUAUAAAAAUUCAAAAGGCGGGAUGAGAUAAUGUUUGUUUUUUUUUUAGCGGUCCCCUCUCUUUAUCAUCAGGCCCCUCAUUGCCACAAGAUGGCACCAGAGCAAUAUUUUAUAUUAGACAUGGCUAUGGCCUGACCACAAAAAACAAUGAAUUUUGCAUCGAAUAACAGAACAAGCUUCUGUAAAGGCAAACUUGCGAUUGUCGAACCGCGACUAUGCGUGGAAUCGUUUUUUAUUGUCAGAAAAAAAAUACACGAUGCAAGAAGGAUGCAUCUUGUGUAUUGUUUUAAAAUGAGAAUUUUUAUUUGCGCAGGGAUGUCAGAUAUGUGACUGACACAAAGCUAAGGUAGGAAAGAGGCGCAAUUGGCUUCUUACUCGGUUUGAUUUAUUUGUACUUCUUUUUAAAUGAUAUGAUACUAAUUUAAUUGCGGUUUUGCAUACCCCCCCAGCUACGGCUUGCCGACUCCUGGGGUUGUCCCAAUGCCACUUUGAGAACCACUGCUUUAAGCGACAGAAAAGAGCACAGCUAAGAGUGAAGGUAACGCUUUUCUCAAUUGAUAUUUUGUUUUAACAUAGCACUUUACUUGUUUGUUUUUUUUUUAGUUUUUAUUUUAAAGUACAGUCUACCAAUUUGAUUUAAACAGUCGUUAUCACGCUGUCCUCUUUGCAAAAUUUCACAGCGCUAAUGUUUACCAUUUCUUAUUUUAAUCACCUUCCUGCCUUUUUUUUUUUUUGUGGGUGCAUUUUUCUUCCUUUCUCCUCUAUCUUACACUCACAAAAAAAAAAAAAAAAAAGCUCAACUCUAUUAUUGGAGCGAUUAAUGACGCAGGUCUGAACCCUGAACGGAGGAGGGGGGAUUUUUGGUUUACCGAACAAACACAAUGCGCGAAAGAGGCCCUUUCUCUGCUGAGCGAGCGGCUAAGUCUCGAGGUCUAGUUUGCAAAACGUGUCCUGCCGCCAUCAAUUGUAGAGUCGUAAUCUCCUUUCUCUGUUGGAAGCUGGAACCUUAAAAGUAAUGAAAAGUGGGGGGAUAAAUUCCUACCGUGGCACCAAAGUAAAACUUCAUAGCCCAGCUGCGUAUACAUAACCAGCUAUCACCCUUGAGCACAAGAAGUUGGCCCCCCCCACCCCCCCUCCCGCGCUAUCUCAGCUCAAACUGACCCCACAGUAAAUUUGACUUUUGUUCCAGGAAGCUGGAUUUCCCAGAAGGCUUCUGGUGCUGCUACAUGCCAGGCACAAAAACUGUUAUUUAGAGCAGUGUAAAAAAAAAAAAACGGAUCAAAAUAACGUCUCAUAAUAAUGCCAUAUUGCUGGUUAUGACGGACAAUCAGUGGCAUCCUGAGUUCAGUUUAGUUUUAAAACCUGUGAAUUUUACAACAACCGCAAAUGCUGCCGUGCUCAGGAUAUUGCCUGCGAGUUUCAUUUCCCACACAAUGUGAUUUUUAUUGCCGUUUUCAUGCCACUGUGAGCUUCUAAUGCCAUGAUGCAACUGUAUUGAGGGGUUCCAUUUUUUUUUUUGUUGGUAAUCAGCGGCUCCAUUCAUUUCAAAAAGCUUGUCAGAGUCUGCCGACAUUUCCGCAUAAGAGUGUUUCAACGCUGCUAAUCCAAUUAGUAGUUCAUCUAAUUAGUAGUUAGUGCUGGAAAAUUCACACUGCUACUAAUUGUAGUGAGAUUACUUUUUUUUUUUUUUUUUGCAUGGAACCUCGUUGUUCUUUAUCCUUGCAGAAAACAAGUCAGGGCAUAACAAUCCAGAUAGCGUCGUCCCAUUGAAGAUUGAAUGUGUUCUUUUCAAAUUCCUAAUUAAUCUAGAUUUUGGUGUGUGUUUACCGUGCAUGUAGUGAUAAUUGAAUGGAUUCAUGAAUUCGGAUCGUCCAUCCAGUUUACCUCCUAAUCCCACUCUCGUGCAUGUGAUGGAGUUUACGUAUUUUCACCUUAAACUAGAGCAAAGAUGUAUUUUCUUGUAAAUAAAACCAUGUGGUGAAAAUAA